AUUUACUAAUUCCACAUUUAAAAAAUUGAGUAAUAAUAAUGGGCGACGAUAAUGAAAUAAUGUUAAACUUUUGUGACUGCAGGGAAUGUGUUACCUGACCAAUGAAGAAGUUCCACAUCAUCAAGUUUCCACUUGGCAACUCGUCAUUGGUUCCAAAUUUUCAUUGCCACGUAACAGCACAAGACCUGGGUUGAAGAAAACUGAAAUGCAUAAUCAGAAUCUCGCAAUACGAACGACGUACAACAACAAACCCUCAUCAUCAUCAUCACUGUCAUCACAAGAAUCCCAUACAUUAUCGGUCGGAGCGGGCAAUCGGAGCUCCGUGUUUCGCAACAAAGCUUCCACCGUGGCUCCCUCAGGCGGCCAAAGCCAACAGCAUCAACAAAAUCUCACCCGCAGGAAGUCUGCACCCGGAUCAUCAUCGGAUCCGACCCGCAACCAAGCUUCUGCGGCUCCGACUCGAAUAGUUUACAGAGAAUCGGCGAGGUCCGAUCUGCACUUGCCGUUUUGGCAAAAAACCUGGUUUAUUGGUUUACUUCUACUAAUGGCUGUCUCCUUCUUCGGCCUCGCGAUUUUCCUCUAUCUCACCCUUGACCCCGAUUUCGCCUCAACCCCCGUUUCCGCUGCUUCCGAAGGGGUUCAGAUCACUUAUGGCUCAACUAUCAAAUUGAUGCAUGAGAGGACAAAAUUUAGACUCCAUUCGCAUGAUGUGCCCUAUGGCUCUGGUAGUGGCCAGCAGUCUGUUACUGGUUUUCCCAAUGUCGAUGAUGCAAACAGUUACUGGAUUGUUAGACCUGUACCAGAUUCAAAUGCCAAACAAGGGGACCCAAUCAAAGGUGGAAGCAUUAUCAGGCUUCAACAUAUGAAGACCCGAAAAUGGCUUCAUAGCCAUCUGCAUGCAUCUCCAAUCUCUGGUAAUAUGGAGGUUAGUUGUUUUGGCGGAGAUGGAGAAUCAGAUACUGGAGAUUAUUGGAGACUGGAGAUUGAAGGCAGCGGGAAAACUUGGAGGCAAGACCAAAGGAUGAGGCUUCAUCAUGUAGAUACAGGUGGCUAUCUUCAUAGUCAUGAUAAGAAAUACCAGCGUAUAGCCGGUGGACAGCAGGAGGUGAGAGCUGCAUUCCCCAUGUCCUUUAAUUUUGCUUUUGAUUUCAGGAAAAUAAGAGGGAUGAAUGUCUUUUUUAAACAUUCCCUGCAAAACAUCAUUGUUCCUGUUUACGAGAUGCUUGUUGGUUCCUUCAGGUUUGUGGUGUUCGGGAAAAGAAACCUGAUAAUGUUUGGCUGGCAGCCGAGGGUGUAUAUCUCCCUGUAUCUGAUGGCAAACAUGCUUCCUCAUGAUUUUAGAAGUCUGAAGCAAGUAGUUCUGUCCUAACCUUUCCCUGCACCACUGAUGGCUGUCCAGGUCCACACAUAGUCCAUUCACUUUUUGCUUCACUUGCUGCUUUGUUCCCAAUGAAGCUCGGAAGUUUAGCAGUAGCUGUGACGUUAUGCUUGCUUUCCUCGUGUAGUAAGAAGAUUUUGAAUCAUGGUUUAGAGUGCCAAGAUCUUUAGUAGGAGAAAUAGUUGUUCAAUAUGACCAAUGUGUCAGUUUUAUCAUCAUAUAUAACAAGAAACUUUAGUUAUCUUCUAUUUUUAUGUCACGUUGAGAAUAUUUGUCGGAUCAAAGUUUUGUGGCUCUUUCGAUGUCUAUAUACCAAGUCUUUGCAAAACAGAAGAUAGGUCACAGCAAGAAUGUAGACCACCAUCAAAGGAAAAACCACGAUUCCAGUUAAUUUUUAGCUACUUUUGGUAAAAUGUAGUGAUGAUUGAUGAAGUUUAAGUUUG